AUGUCCCUGACCACGCCCCACAUCGUGUCGCUUGGCAUGUUCUCGUACUGGCCGACGGCCCUCCAGAAGACGGCCAACGCCGACACGGAGCGCGUCUCCGUGCCCGACACGCUCUACCAGCGCCUCGUCUCGAAGGACCGGCGCGAAGAGCGGGCCUUUGGCUUCAUCCGCGAGAGCUACCGCGCGUGGCGGCUCACAGGCAUGGAGGCGCGCAAGGUCGUCUCCGUUGCGACGGCGCCCGAGCCCAUGAAGGCCGACACGCCGACCAACGACGACCUU